AUGGAUUAUGAUAACAUGGAUUUUACGAAUUAUUCCAAUGAAUAGAUUGGAGAAAUGAUAAAAACAUAAGGAUUGGAGAAUAUAACAUAUGAGGAGCUGAUAGCGAAAAAGAAUAAGAGAAUAAAAGAAUUUUACGAGUAAGAUUCGAAACUGGUAAAGCUUUGAUUACUAAUGUGAAGUAAGAGGCAAUGUUGAGACACUGGUUAUUGAAGAGAAAGAAUAAGCAUUUGAUAGACUUUAAUGACAAAGAGCGUUCUCAAUUAAAACAAUACUUCAACUCUUUGGAUGAGGAUGGAUCAAGUAUAUAGUUUUAAUUAAAAUAAUUAGAGUCGAUUGGCAUAGAUGAAUUGGAGGAACCAUUAAUCUCGUUGGGCAUAGCCGAAUCGCGAGAGGAUGUUAAGAAGCUCAUUUACACUGUUGAUGAUGAUGGGUCUAUUGAAUUUAAAGAAUUCUUGGAAAUUAUUAAAAAUAAAAACGGAGAUGGGAAAAGCAAUUCAAAGGAGACAAUGGUGAUUGACUUUUUUAAAGGUACGAGAGUCUAUUAAUAUUAAGACAUGAUAAAUGGGCGUUUAGGACACGGGAGUAAUUAACCAAUUAAUAAGAAUCUGCCUUUUAGUUUGAUCAUAAGUACAAUAAGGAGAUAGAAGUUGUUGGAUGCUUUGAUGGCGAAUGAUCAAAAGAAGAAGGAGGAAGGAGAGAAAGUGAUGAAAGCUUAUGGAAAACUAAUUUCUUAGAGGAGGGCUUAAAAAAAUGAUGGCUCAAUUUAGGGUUCGAAAAAGAGAAUUUGA